GCGGGGCCCGCUGGUUAUAAGUGCAGGGUCCCGGGACUCACGGGGCUGUUGGUGCCAAACUCUGUGUCGGGUGUCGUUUGCUUCGGUCCGGCACGGCCAUGUCUGACCCCGCUCAGCAGCCUGCUCCCGGCGCUCCCGAAGGAGGAGCUCCUGAAGGGGCAGCCCCCGGUGGGGGUCCCCCCGGGGCUCCCCCCAACCUGACCAGCAACCGCCGCCUGCAGCAGACGCAGGCCCAAGUGCAAGAGGUGGUUGAUAUAAUGUGUGUAAAUGUAGACAAAGUGCUGCAACGAGAUGAGAAGCUGUCAGAGCUGGAUGACCGGGCAGAUGCACUUCAGGCCGGCGCCUCAGUAUUUGAAAGUAGUGCAGCAAAACUCAAAAGGAAGUACUGGUGGAAGAACUGCAAGAUGAUGAUCAUAAUGGGAGUGAUUGGUGCCCUUGUGGUGGUGGUGAUUGCACUCUACUUUUUUACUUAAAUGUAGCUUCUUCAGUCUGCAGGCUCCUGUCCCCUGUUAUCUUGCCUGUAUCUUCUUGCCUCUGAAUUUUUCCUUUCCUUCCCUUUCGCCUAGCUUCUUCAUUGAUUUCUUUAUUGGUUUGAGUUUAUCUCCUGUAUAGGACUCUGAGCUGCUUACUAAACAUAAGUAGACUUCAUAGCUGCUGCAGCUUUAGGGAGUGUCCUCUAAGUUUAGAGGAAUGGGAAGAUGAGGAAGAGUGCUCCUGCUCUUAUGCAGGGAACUUUUUGUGUUUAUUUUUGGAUGUAAGCUUGUCAAAUAGUGCCUGUGUGAACUCUAGCAAAAUAAGAAUGCCUUAACACAGUGCCUUUUGGGAUGAGGGAUUUCAGCAUGUGAGGGUCUUUAGUGUUCUGCCUAAAAAGAGUGGCAGCAUGACUUGAGCUUUUCAUUUAGCUGCUGAAAUAAAAGCUAGCUUGUGUUGGCCAGUGGCUGUGAGCCAUCUAAGCUGCACGUAGUGAUGUAGAUUUCUCUAGCCAUGAAGAACCGAUUUAUUCUGCCUGUCCUUAUUUCCAGAUGACUUGCUGCCUGAACAUGGCCAUUUCAGUUUUUGUAAAGAAAGGCCUACAUGAUUACCUCAGUCAAGUGCAACAGGCUAAACACAGUUAAGUGAAAGGAGCAUUGCUACUAUCUAAAAGGCAUGUGUGGGAGUAAAGUUUCUCUCCACAAGGAGCAAAUGAACAACAAUUAGUUUGGUGGGGAGUGUGAAAUAUGCCUUUCAUCUAUGCACACACAAGCCAGGACCCUGUAGCUUCUUAUUGUCUUGUAGCUUUCCAGAAGGAAGACUUUGGAGUAGUGACAGAAUGGUAACUGGUGUUUUGCUUUUGUGUGACUGGGUUGAACGUCAAGGAAACUCACUGCCAUAGCAGAUAGAGGUGAUGAGGACUGGAGAUAUUCCAGAUGAGACUGAAUGAGCUGCACAGUUUUCUGAUUAAGACUAUCUGCUUUGUUUCAGCUGCCACAAAGCCCUGGCUUUCAGCAGCAGUUAGGAAGCAUUUGAAAUGUUUAGCUGGGGAUUCAAAGGGGAAAUGGUGCUCUGAGCAUGGAUAUUGCAAAGUGACGUGAGAUGUCACAGUUUGGCAACUUAUGUCUUGAGAGAUAUUGCUGAUCAAACUGAAUCCUACUACUAGCUAUGGGUUCUCCUGAAUUUCGGUCCAGGGUGGUCUCUGAUGGAAGUAAACUUGUGGCGAUUAGUGAUUCCCCUGUUCUUGUCUAUUGACAGUAACAAGAACUAUGAGUUGUUUGAAUGUGUUGUCAGACAUGGGUUAAAUGACCUCCCUUUCUGUAGAGUCUUCUGAGGAAUGGUAUCUUGUCUUUUAGCUUUCUUUAACAAGCUGAGCUGUAGCCGAUAAUCUAGACUGGAAAGAGGGUACUCCUUUAGUUUAGAAAAUUCUGCCUCUGUUCUAGAAUAUGCUGGGAUCUGUUUAGGCUUAAGAGGAGGCAAGGGAGGAUAUCACUGGAGUUCCCAGAUAGGAGAAAAGAUGGAAGGAACAGAUGUAUUUUGUUUCAUUUGGAUGUGCUGGGGAAGUCCUUUUCUGCCUCCCAGGACACCUGGCAAGGGGCUAGGUUUUGCAUGCUCACUUCCAUGCCCCAGCAUUUCAUCUGAGUUCAUCUCCCUGCAAUCCAUUCCUCUCCACCUCGGGGGAGAGCAGAGAUGAAGAAGAUCUGGAGAGAAGUGGCCCUCGUCCCUGAGCACUUCCCUAAUUCCCUGUGGAACUGAGAUGGGAUGGACGGUCAGAAGUGCAUCUACUGAAGAGGAGCCAGGGCCUGCUUGUGCUACUUGCUGCUCUCAUUUUAGGGGGUAGGAUUACAAGCUUGAGGCCCUCAGACCCAGCAAUUAUCUUGAACUCUUCUAAACAAGCCUUUGGUGCACCAUUCCUCCUGUCUCUCUGGGAGCUGAGGUCCCCCUAAGGCUGUGUUUUUAAUUUUUCUCUUUGAUGUAUGUUGCCUCCUCCUCUGCUCCUUUCCCUCCUUUGUGUCUCUCUGCAUGGGCAAAACAAAUCACCAAGGCCCUCUUAGUAGAAGCAAGGGACUGCUGCACACGGCAUCACAGCCACUCAUGCACGUGCAGUUUUACUUCCUCUAUAAACACAAUUGUAAUCUCCUCUGGCAUGUUCUGGAAAUCAGCUCAUGUACUUUUAAUGGUCUCUAAGAAACACAAUUCACCACC